UUCUCUCACCACAGAACAUUUCCAGCAUUGGCAAGUUCCUCGUGAUUUGCUCUCAUCGUCUUAAUGAAUUCAGCUGGGAGUGCAUUGGCCCUGAUGCCCACCCCCUCAGGGAUAGGUCCAGUGCUUUUGCAUAUAUCUGGAGGGCUGCUCCAUGCUCUUUCAUUGUUCCAUCAGCUUCUUUCACCAACAGGUCCUCCGAGAGGAAGUGUGAGAGAAAGCUAAGCCAGCCAGGAGGUGGGACGCCUUGAUACGAAAGGAGCUGCUUUGUGUCCGUGCACCUGUGCUUUUAAGUGGAACUUCUUAAGAAAAACUCACCUGUGGACAGGUGAAGUGGAAUCAUGGGUGGGAUGUCACUGCUGAUGUUGAUGUUGAUUGGUUGGUGUGGUGGGGCGCCACCAGCGAGAGAAGUGUACAGAAUGCCACAGAGUGCACUUAAAGAGCUGUCUGAUAGAGGAACUGUAGUGAUGGAGGCGGCUCUGUCCCGCGCUCUGUCUGCCGUAGAUGCUGCCGUAUCGGACCGCAGUAAGGUCGAAGCUGGCUGCAGAGGGUGUGUGCCCUGCCUGUUUCAGGACUGUGGACAGCGAAACGGCGCUUGUGCAUCUCCAGAGGACACACAGUCAGAGCCGAGCUGUGAGGUCAUAUCUCGCGCCCAGAAGGAAGCUGAUGAAGGAGAGAGGAGCUGGUUGCUGAGUCAGGCCUGUGGCUUCUACAGACGCCGUUGCACACCUGCACAGGUGAACAAAGACCUGUGCAUCAGAGUCAUGGGAGAGAGCUGCAGCGCUCGGGUCCUGCAGUGCAGUCUGCUCAACACCAUGCAGAACCUGGAGCCGGCCACACAGACCACAGCACAGGCUGUGUGUGGCCAGCGUUUCUCCGUCUCGCAAAACCUGACACAGCCUCGCUUUCGUAUCAUGGGGGGAUCUCCUGCUCCUCUGGGCAGCUGGCCAUGGCUGGUGAACCUUCGGCUGGAUGGGGCUCUGAUGUGUGGGGGUGUUCUGGUUGACAGCUCUUGGGUCCUCACUGCUGCCCACUGCUUUGCUGGGAGCCGUGGUGAGAGUUACUGGACAGCUGUAGUGGGAGAGUUUGACCUCACAAAAACUGACCCUGAUGAGCAGAUCAUGAAAGUCAAUCGUAUCAUCGCUCAUCCAAAGUUUAACCCAAAGACAUUUAAUAACGACAUUGCCCUGGUAGAGCUGAGUUCUCCAGUUAUUCUGUCUGAACGGGUCACACCUGUCUGCUUGCCCUCUCACCUCGAUCCACCGGCUGGUACACCCUGCUUGGUGGCCGGCUGGGGCUCUUUGUAUGAGGACGGACCCUCUGCAGAUGUGGUGAUGGAGGCAAAGGUGCCCCUGCUGACUCAGGCCACCUGUCACAGUGCACUGGGGAAGGAGCUGCUCACGAACACCAUGUUCUGCGCUGGGUACCUGUCUGGAGGCAUUGACUCAUGCCAGGGUGAUUCUGGAGGGCCGUUGAUCUUCCAGGACCAUUUAUCAGGACGGUUUCAGCUGUUAGGCAUCACCUCUUGGGGGGAUGGCUGUGGGGAGAGGGGAAAGCCUGGCGUUUACACACGGGUCACCGCCUUCUCUGAUUGGGUCAUGACAGAGAUACAGAAGUCUUUUGGGAGUCGGGAGCCCACAUGUCCUGAGCUGCUUAAGACAACAGAGCUGUCAGAAGAACAGCAGAUGUCAGAAUUCACCAUGCUCUGCCACUUCUACACACUAUCCUGCUCUUCAACCCUCGACCCCUCUGCCUGCCAGCGUCUCGCUCAGGACAAAUGCCAAAGCCGGUUUAAAAAGUGCCAGCUGCAUUCCUUCCUGCAGACUCUGCUGGACUUGCUUCAGAGGGCCGAUGACUAUAUCAGAGAUAAGGUCGAUCUGACCUUCUUCACUCAGACUCUUCCUCAGUUGGUGGAGAAUGUGUACAGCUCUGCUCAUAUACCACGAAGACGCAGAAAUGCAUUUGAAACAGAGCAGGUAGGCCGGCCAGCACUAUUCCAGCAAGUGGGCCCCCUUGUGGACGACUGGGAGAGCUACCUUACAGGCAUCGCUGAAGAUCUGGAUCAAAACAAAGAACUGAAGAACUCACAGGAACUGUCUCAGGAGGAACAACUCUUCACACCGGAUGAGGACAGUGAAAAAGCAUCUCUUCAGAAGCUCGACAGAUCACUGCGCUCCUCCAUUGCUAUCCUGCGUUCCAAACUAGAAUCAUUGCACAUUCCUGUCAUACCAGAAUUGGACUACCAACUGUUUCAGAGGAAUUUCCCCAUUACCAGCAAUGGAAAACAACAACAGGAUAAUCGUGCCAAAUCUAGGGAGUCUGUAUUGUCAGCUGACAUUUUGACUGCUCUGAUAUAUAAAGCUCUGAGAGGAAGCGGCACAGGGAGUGUCACAGGACGUCCGGUAAUAACAGCAUCCCCUAGGGAUGACAUGGAUACAACAUCCAGAUCUGUGGAGCCUUCAACACAACGGCCGAAACUCAAGAACCAGGAACCUUCUGACUCAGUGCUUGAAAAACACCCUGUCCCUACCCAGAUGCCCUUGCUUCAACAGCCACUCUUUAAAAAGCUCCUGUGGAGGAGAAAGAGAGAUCUACACAAGAGACAGAAACGAGGAGCCAGUGAAAAAGUUUGCUCAGGAGUGACUGAAUCAGCUCAGCUGGUCAGCACCACCAACGAGUUGUACAACUGGAUCCUGUCUGUUCCUUCUAACAGCAUAAGCAUGAUCUUCCAGGAGGUGCUGGUUGACCUGAAUUCUAAGAAUGAACGUGGUUUGUAUCAGUCACGGAUCAAGGCCACUGUUGGUGGGCGACCUUUGAUCUUUUACAGUUUGGUGGGUUUAGAGAAUGAGGCUUUCUACCGCAGCAUGCCACGCAUCAUUGCCAUUGCCAUUGGUGCUCUAAAAACAUAAAACAUACUCCUGUAUACUGCUGAAAUUAUACUUGAGCUGAAACGGCAUCCCCAACAUUAAACGUUAUUACAUCCUUGACUCUCUAAUGUGAUCUGCUGCUAUGGAAAUGACUGGAAGGGCCCUCUUUUCUAGAGUCAUCACAGGACAGCUGCCAAUUUUGAGUUGGUCACUGCAUACUGAGACUGGACUGAUGGUGACUGUAUGUCCACCCUGACUUAACUUAUUUCACAGGGACAGAGGUUGAUCCUCCUGUCUGAGCUGCAAACUGUACAGAUAUUAUAUUUGAUGUUUGUUAUAUAUUUAUUUGUAUUUUUUUUAUAUGAAAACAAAGAUAAAAAAAAUGGAGUGAAAGAUUUAACCAUAUUUAAAUAAAUGUUAUCCUCAUGA